UAAUGAGAAAAAUAACAAUUCACGUCCAAGUACCUAAUGUAUUUGGACAUUAUAACAAUCAUUAUUACAAUCCCUUUCAUAUAUUAAUAUGGUAGUCUAAAUUUUGCACGGAAAAAAUGAUCAUCAAUAUUAUAUUGAUAUUUAUCCCAACCAAAUAACGUGUUUAAAUUUAGUGAUUAGCUUAGAAUUAAAGCACAAGAGAUAAAAUUUCUUUCUAAUGACUGACGUAAGUAUGGUAACAUAUCAAUAACUUUCCUAACCCAACUUCAAUACAAUUCCCCUUUGAUAUUUUCUACUCCGAUCCUCUAUAUAAACACUCGAACUUCAUUACAUUUACAAACACAAAACAACCCAAAAAAAAAAAAAAAAAAAAAAAAAAAAAAAAAACACGCUUGAAUUUUUAACAACUCAAUGGCAACCGGAGUUCCCCCAACCACUUCAAUUAACAACACAAUCUUAAACCAUAAUAAUAAAAAACGUUCAAGUGACAAUGAAGAUUAUGGUUACAACUCAAUGAUCAUAACAAAGAAGGCCGCAAUCGCGGCCAAGGAAGAUCCCGUGGCAGCGCUAGCAAGCGCACGCCACGAGUUCGGAGAACACGGAGGGGUAAAUAUGUCAAUAGAAGCAUCCGCAACCUUUACGGUUAUGGAGCCAGAAACUAUGAGGCGGUUAUUUUCAGGUGAAUUAGGACCUGACCGUGACUAUUUCAUAUAUAGUCGUCAUUUUAACCCUACGGUCCUAAACCUCGGACGCCUUAUGGCAGCCUUGGAGGGGACGGAGGCCGCUUAUUGCACGGCUAGCGGUAUGUCCGCUAUCUCCUCCGUCCUCCUCCAGCUCGUAGGCGCUGGCGGCCAUAUCGUAGCGUCUCAAACUCUAUAUGGCGGUACUCACGCUUUGUUGACGCAUUUUCUCCCGCGUACUAGCGGGAUUAAUACUACGUUUGUUGAUAUAUGUGAUCAUGCCGCCAUUAAGGCGGCGAUCGUAGAGGGAAUGACUAAAGUUGUUUAUUUCGAGUCGGUGUCGAACCCGACUCUUACGGUGGCGGAUAUACCUGAGGUGUGCAAAAUUGCACGCGAAAAAGGGGUGAUUGUGGUGGUGGAUAAUACUUUUGCGCCGGUUGUGAUAUCGCCCGCUAGGCUUGGUGCGGACGUGGUUGUGCAUAGUAUUUCCAAGUAUAUUAGUGGUGGGGCCGAUAUUAUCGCAGGUGCUGUCUGUGGGCCAGCAAGCCUAUUGAAUUCAAUGAUGGACUUACAUCAAGGGGCCUUAAUGCUACUAGGCCCAACAAUGAACGCCAAAGUGGCAUUUGAACUAUCUGAAAGGCUUCCUCAUUUGGGCCUCAGAAUGAAAGAGCAUUGUGCACGGGCCUUGGAGUUUGCCAAAAGGAUGAAAAAAUUGGGCCUAAAAGUCAUAUAUCCUGGGCUAGAAGAUCAUCCACAACACGAGCUUUUGAAGUCCAUUUGCAGCCAAGAAUAUGGGUAUGGUGGCAUCCUUUGUGUGGAUAUGGAGACCGAAGAGCGCGCCAACCGGUUGAUGUACCAGCUCCAAAACUGCACCCAGUUCGGGUUCAUGGCGGUUAGCUUGGGCUACUAUGAGACCCUUAUGUCAUGCUCCGGUAGCAGCACUAGUAGUGAGAUGAGUGAGGAGGAAAAGGCUCGCGCAGGCAUCUCACCGGGCCUUGUUAGGAUGUCCAUUGGCUAUACUGGCACGCUCGAGCAGAAGUGGGCCCAAUUUGAGAAGGCUUUGGGUAAAUUGCAGGAUGUCAAGUUUAGUGUUCGCCAUAAAUGAACCAAGAGAAAAGGUCUUGUUGCACUCUUGAAUCUUGAUUAGCUCUGCCUUAAAAUAAACUUUCAUCAAUUAGUAUGAUGCUGCAAGUAACUUUGGUUUCAUACUAUAUUGUCUAUAUAAAUGGCAUUUUCAACUGUGGCAAUGCCAUAUUUCGUUACAUGUUCUGUCUUUAUUAUCCUUGUGAUUGUCUAUUCGUAUUUUUAUAGUCCUAGAUAGACUUGACAAUCAAGUCUUGCUUC